AUGGCCGAAAGAACAGCUUGGGACUUCGUGGCCACCCAAAAGCCAAGAUUGUCGCUGAAUACUAUCAACCCCCCUCAUGAUUUACGUCCCUACAAUCAUAAGGAGCAGGGCUUGCUGCCAACAGCCCUACCAGUCUGGGUUAACAUUCGUGACAUCGCUUUAGCGUACGGUAAAGCCAUAGGAGUCGAGAAAGCAGCCGCCAAACUCUAUUUCGUAACUGCAGGAACCUACAGUAAUCGUCAAUUAGUGGAAAUCAUUUGGAGUGAUCUCCUCCGACUACGAGAUGAAUUGCCAGACGCUAAUCAUUGGGGAGGAGCUCCGAAUCCUCGCCUCGAGUCUUUUGGCCAUGAUACAAGCUGA